AUGGAUUCAGCGAUUAAUCCUACUAAUAUAACUGCCAGUAUCAACUCAAUUCCAAUGCUUAAUGGCUCUAACUUCAAAUCUUGGAAAGACAAUCUUUUGAUUGUUCUUGGAGUUAUGGAUCUCGACCUUGCGUUAAGGACUGAUUCUCCCCCACCUCUUAAGGAUGAGAGUACCUCUGAUGAAAAGAGGGAUAUGGAAAGGUGGGAGAAAUCAAAUCGCAUGUGUAUGAUGAUCAUGAAGAGAGCCAUUCCAGAAGCAUUUAGGGGCACAAUGUCUGAUCAAAUCACUACAGCUAAGGAAUUCCUUGCCAAUAUUGAAAAGAGAUUUGUCAAGAAUGAAAAGGCUGAAAUCGGUACGCUCUUAAUAAGUCUUAUUUCAAUGAAGUAUAAAGGCAAAGGCAAUGUAAGGGAGUACAUUUUAGAGAUGUCUCAUCUUGCUUCCAAGCUCAAAGCACUUCAGCUUGAACUCUCUGAGGACUUGCUAGUGCAUCUGGUUUUAAUAUCCCUUCCUACACAAUUUAACCAUUUUAAGGUGAGCUACAAUUGUCAGAAAGAGACUUGGUCUCUGAAUGAGCUCAUCUCACACUGUGUUCAGGAAGAGGAAAGGCUUAAGCAAGAUAGGACAGAGAGUGCUCACUUAGCCACUGCCUUUAAAGACAAGGGAAGGAAAAGAAAGAACUUUAAGGAUGCUGCAGGUACAGUACCUCAAAAGAAACAAUUAACGAAAUCACAUGAUUCCGUUGGUAGUAGUUGUUUCUUUUGUGGUGCUGAAGGGCAUAAAAAGAAGCAAUGCACCAACUAUCACGCUUGGCGUGCUAAGAAAGGUAUGCUUCUUGCUUUGGUUUGUUCUGAAGUUAAUUUAACUUCGGUACCUAGACACACGUGGUGGUUAGAUUUUGGUGCAACAACUCACAUCAGUGUGUCUAUGCAGGGUUGCCUGAGUUGCCGAAAGCCAAAUGAUGUUGAAAGAUACAUUUAUGUGGGCGAUGGCAAGACGGUUGAAGUUGAGGCAAUUGGAAAAUUUAGAUUAUUGUUAAAGACCAGACUUUAUUUGGAUCUUAACGAAACUUUUAUUGUACCGUCUUUUAGACGGAAUUUGAUUUCUAUUUCUGCUUUGGACAAAUCUGGUUAUUCUUGUUCAUUCGGAAAUGGAAAAUAUAGUUUGUUUUAUGAUUCCAAAUUAUCUGGUUCCGGUUCUUUAUCUGGUUAUGAUAAUCUUUAUUUGAUUGAUACAAUUGCUUCAUUUAAUGAAUCCCUGCAAUUAAGUACACGAGGUACCAAGAGAAAAUUAACUACGGAGAAUUCAGGUGUAUUAUGGCACAAACGAUUAGGUCAUAUCUCUAAAAAGAGAAUAGAGAGACUUGUGUCAGAUGAAAUUCUCGAUCCCUUAGAUUUUACAAAUUUUGACAUUUGUGUUAAUUGUAUUAAGGGUAAACAAACCAAUACAAGGAGAUUUGUAGCCAACAAGACUAUGGACAUCUUAGAACUAAUACAUACGGAUAUUUGUGGGCCAUUUUCUACGGUCGCUUGGAAUGGUCAACAAUAUUUCAUAACAUUCAUAGAUGAUUUUUCCAGAUAUGGCUAUGUAUAUCUCAUAAGUGAAAAAUCACAGUCACUGGAUGUGUUCAGAAGUUAUAAAGCUGAAGUUGAAAAUCAACUCAGUAAAAAGAUUAAAAGCGUCAGAUCUGACCGUGGUGGUGAGUACUAUGGUAGAUAUGACGGUUCAGAAGAACAACGUCCAGGACCAUUUGCUAAAUUCCUAGAUGAAUGCGGUAUCGUCCCACAGUACACUAUGCCGGGUUCGCCCACUAUGAAUGGUGUUGCUGAAAGAUGA